AUGAAUAUGCAAGAUAAGAAUAGCAAACUAGCCAAAGAAAAUAACGAUUUAAAGAUGAUAAUCUCACAGAAGAUGCAAAUGCAAGAGGAAAUAAUGAAAAAAUCAAUAAAAGCGGAAUACAAUCAAAUUCUUUCAUAUAAACAGAUGUUAAAAACAUUAGAUGAGAGCAUUACAUCCAUUGAAAACGCACUUAAUCAGUGUAAAACCAUACGACAGACCAUACUAAACAACAAAAGGUUGUUAUCUGAUUCCACCAAUAUCAUUAGACAAGCAAACGGUGAAUCCAAGACGGACAUUUCAGGCUGUACUGUAUAUCACAAAGAAAAUUCCAUGGAUGGAAAUAAUGUUGUUGAAAAUAGAAAAGUACUCAAAAGGAAUAAAACGAGGAAUGAUUUCAUCUCUGAAUCGGACUUAAAGACAAUGAAUGAGACAAAUGCACAUAAUCCAACAAAAUCAAAAGAUAUAGAAAAAGAACUGUUUAAUAAAUGGGGUAAAUAA